AUGGAGAAUCCUUUCGUUUUCGAUGAAAUGGGACCCUUGACACCCUCCACGUCAAGUGAUAUAGUGAAGUUGAAGAUUUCAUAUUCUGACAUUGCUGAGAAACUCAUUAGAGAUAAAUUAUGGCUCACUGCUCUAGAACUCCAUGCUGAACUUGUUGAAGCUGGGAAAGAGGUCCCAAAGCUGAAAGAGUUUUUCUCGAAUCCCAAUAAUUUUGAAAACCAGACUCGUUCAGACCUAUUUCCAACUAUUGCAAGGUCUUCAAGUCAAGCAACUCUUGAUUCUUUGGACUUUACUAGGUUCUCCGAGGAUGGUGAAAGAGUCAAUGAUGAAAGGAUAGCAGUUUUAGAAUUUGAAUUGCGCAAGGCCAAAGACACAAUUAAUGCUUUGAGAGCAAAUUUGACUGUGGCAACUGGUGAAGGGAGAAGUUGUGCCCAGUUUGAGAAAGGAGAGGCUAUAAAGCCCCAUGAAUCGAGAGCUCUCAAUUUCUUGAUUAAUGAAUAUCUUCUAUUGCAGGGAUACAAAUUAACUGCAAUCACUUUUGCUGAUGAAAAUGAAGAUCAAGAUUUUGAAGAUUGGGAAGACGUUGGGCUGGACAUGCCAAAACCCUCCGAACUCUUACAUGUUUAUAGAGCUGGGAUCAGGCAAACAGAAACUAUCACAAGUUCAGUUGGUGUUCAAACUGACCAGAUUGAAGAAAUCUUUAUCCCCCCCAAAGUAUUAGAAAAUGCCUCUCACCAGGAAAAGACUGUUGAUCAGAGCAUCGAUGAAACAAGAUCAGAAGACAAGGAAGAAAAAGAAGUGGUUAGUGAAACUUCAGGCAGUUUUGAGGAAAUCGAGGUGGCAGUUCCUGAAGAGGAAGCUGUAAUAUCUGUUGGUAGCAGCCAAGAGGAAUCAGGCACUGCCUCUCCUCCUCAGCAGUUAGAAGAGACCAUGAGCAAUGAUGAUCUGUGGUCCGAACUGCCUCGCCUGCCUCAAUUGGAAGGAUAUGACAAUUUUUCACCUGAAGAGUUGGUCCUAGCCCUCUCACAACAUUUACCCACUAUGGUACUCUACCUUCCUCUCAACAACAAAGAGUGGCUUCAAAGGAUAGUUCCCCUACUGGUCUGCCUCAUUGCUCUACAAAGUGAUCCUGCACUUAGGGAAAACCUUAUACUCUGCUUACUGGAGAUCAAGAAAAGGCCAACGGUAGAAGAUAGGAGUAUCAUUUUGUCUGGGAUGGCUCGAGCGUGUGAGACACUAAGUGAAGCUGCAAUAGAACACCACGUCCUUCCACAAUGCUGGCAACUUAUGUCACAUAAGUAUCCGGAGAAAAGAGCACUUGUUGCCCAAGUGUGUCCGAGAAUUUCUCUGUAUAUAUCGAGAGAAUUACGAGAAUCCCUUAUUAUUUCUAUCUUAAAGCAACUGAUUGUUGACAAGGAUGAAACAGUUAGAUCUGAGUCUGUCGCUAGCUUAGCUGCCAUUGCUGCCACGAUGUCACGUAAUUAUCAUCAGGUUGAAGAGCUGACGCUCAAGGCUAUGACUGACAAGAGCGAUGCUGUUGUGAAAGUUUGUUUGAGGCAGCUAAGUCCGGUGACGGCUAAAUGGGCCCACACUCGAGGUCGGUUAAUCCAGUUCAUGGCUAUUAUACUGUCUAAUGUGGCCGCUUAUAUUAAGGAGGAAAAGAAUGCAGUUGACCGUGAUAGAAGCAUUGUCAUGUGCCUCCGUGGAAUGACUGCAUGCCUUCCGUUGUUUGUACCUGAAGAAGAAGCCAAAACUGAGGAUGUAUUAUCGCCUCUCCUUUUGUGGGUGAAGGAUACUUUAAUUCCUGAACUCCUUAGUCUCCUGGACAAGGUCGACCCUAAACGAGAAGAUGUAGUUGUUGGUUUCAUUAAAUUUUUUACCAGUAUUACGAACAUCCUUGGUUCCGGGUUCACAUUCAAAGAGGUAAAGAGUAUGGUAGAGAGCCGACUCGACAAGUUGGAAUCUAGCCUUGAGGAAUCUGGUAACACUGUAAUGCUCUCUAUUAUUCCUGUGCAUAUCCUCGGCAUCCUCACGCCAUUGCAGCUAGAGCAUGAAGUUGAAAAAACAAUUGGAAGGCUCAUAAUAUCGAUUGGUCUGUCCGGUUCUUCGCCAGAUGCUAUGUGUUUAGUAGCUCGUCGUUCUGCUCAACAUUUCAACCUCAUCGAGCCAUUGAUCUCUGCUCUCUGGCAAGGAAUCGUUCAUCCGCAGGCAAAAGUUAAAGUACUAACGAGCAAACUGUUGGCUGAGAUAGUACCCUAUUCGACAGAACAUCUAAUCGCUAAUCGACUUCUCCCGCCUCUUGUAACCCUUGCAUCAGACCCUGAUGUGUCAGUGAGGGUAUCUACGUUGUUGGUCCACACCCUUAUACUGGAAUGCUGCAGCAGCAGGGAGGUGAUGGAGAAGUGUUACUUCGAGACUGGAAGGAUUAUUACCGACGGAGCAGAUUGUGAGCAGUCUCCUGUCCUUUUAGCCGUGGUUUCAGCCAUCGGUAGAUUGGCACCGAAAGCUGAAUCUAAUUUUAGAGAGCAAGUAUUGCUGCGUGAAUUGGAUAAGCUGUGCUCAAACAAGAGCGAGGAGGUGGUUGCAGCACUGGUUGAAGCUUUCUCAAAUACUGUUUAUUGCCAGAUGUCCAAGCAGGUUAUUGCUAACACUCUUCUACCUUCGCUCAGGAAGCUGGAAGUGACGUGUCAGCUUAGACUGCCAACACAUUCCGAGACAGUAUCAGCCAUGAUUAGAGACCUAGAAUUCAGAGUACCCUCAGUAACACCGCAGCAUUCAAAUUCAAGGGUAGCAGUAGCCGGCCAUGUAGAGGAAGUGAAACAAAAAGUAACAAAAAUGCUUACGACUCCUAUUUCAAAACAGACCACCAAUCUUCAUAAUAUUUUUUGGAAAAAAUGA